AUCGACGAGUGCAGCACUGGAAUCUAUGUGUGUGACAUAAAUGCGAACUGUACUAACACUGACGACUCUUAUAUCUGCGCCUGCAAGGAAGGAUACACUGGAGACGGGCAUUCAUGCCAGGGUAUAAUCAUUGCAUUUGACCUAACAAAUAGCGGAAUAAAGUUUCCCACAAAUAAAAAAACUCUUUCCAUUCAAACUUAGAAAUCUGAUGUUUUUCUCCCUGUCUAGUAAUGUUUUGGCAAUUCGUUUUUGUUCACAGAUGUCAAUGAGUGUAGCGAUGGCAACCAUGUUUGCGAUGUUAAUUCGAAUUGUAACAACACAAAUGGUUCUCAUAUUUGUACCUGCAAAGAAGGAUACGCUGGAGAUGGACAGUCAUGUCAAGGUGAAUACGAGUAACCCACACUGCUAAAAACAAACAGCUUUGCUCCUAAGCUAUUGCCCAUGAAAAUUAGCCUACAUGAUGAUAAUAAUAUGAAACAUAAUGAAUGCAACGAUGAUGUUUGUGAUGCUAAUACUAAUUGUACCAACACUGUUAAGAAUAUAUGA